AUGAGAAGGGAAGAUGAGCAGGUUAUCUAUUUUGCUACAGGCCACCUGUGGUCCUGUCCUCAAUCACCACCAUGGUAUGGAUUUGGGAACACCCCAGUUACAAACCAGAGCAUUGACUGUCUUCGUUUGAACGUUUAUGUACCCAGGACAAUGAAUCCCAAAACUCCCAGAGCAGUGAUGGUAUUUAUUCAUGGUGGAGAAUAUCUUUAUGGACAAGGCAUGAGAUAUGACGGAUCUCUACUUGCCGUUCAUGGUCAUGUGGUAGUGGUCACAAUUAAUUAUAGAAUCGGUGCCUAUGGAUUUCUCUCGACGAACGAUUCUGUUCUCCCAGGUAACCUUGGACUUUGGGACCAACUCCUGGCUUUGAAAUGGGUCAAAGACAAUAUUGCUGCUUUCGGUGGUGAUAGCAACAGGAUUACAGUGUUUGGUUCAGGCGCAGGAGCGUACAGUAUCGGCAUGCAACUGCUCUACGAGAACAAUACCGGUCUUUUUCAGAGAGCUAUUUUGCAAAGUGGCGUCGCUUUUUCUCCUCUUGGACUGGUGCAUUACCCACUGGAGUUUGCUAAAAAAUUUGCUGUUGCCUUAGAUUGU